AUGGUGGGGGGCACCCGCGUCGGGUUCUCUAGUGCGGCUGAUCCUUACCGCAGGAGCUUUUCCCCGAUCCAGGGGGGAGUCCUGGGAAAAGUUUCCCCUCAGAGGUUUAGUGGCCCCAAAUUCACCAGGAUAAUGCGCUACCCUGGUAAACCAGCUAGCACGGGCGGCCCCGGAUCGGCCCACCCUCCCCUAAGGAUGGCCGCUCAACGUGUGCAACCCGGGUUUUCCCAAUCCGAUUCCUCCGAAGGGCUGGCGGUGGGACCUCCCCGGGAAGGGGGGAUCGGGUGCGUAGGGUUAUACCCUGGUCCCGCGGACGUGGGUUUUAGGGUGCCGGGGAGGGAGGUGGGCAGUCGUGACCGAGACCCCCGUUCCCCCCGAUGCAGAGGCCGCAGUGGUGGUCGAGCCUUCUUACAGCCUUUUGGGGUGAGGAUGAGUAACCAGCAAUGUGCUGUUAAGGAGACCCGAGUCCCAAAAAGUUUCAAGCAUUUGGCCGGGGCAUAA